AGACAGUGUUUCGUAGCAUUCGCAGUGCUAACCAGAUUAAAGAUGACAGUCGGUAAACUUGGCGUUCGAGACGGAAGAGAGACUCCGACAGUCGACACAUAACCUCAAGAAAUUCGUGAGCAAUGACGGAGAAUAAAAACGAUAAGGCGAAAGUCGAUCUCGGUUUACUCGAAGAAGAUGACGAGUUCGAGGAGUUUCCUGCGGAAGAUUGGACCGCAAAGGACGAGGACAACGAGGAUAUCAGCGUUUGGGAGGAUAAUUGGGACGACGAUGACGUUGAGGAUGAUUUCAAUCAACAACUGAGGGCACAGCUAGAGAAACAAAAAGCUACGAGUGAAACGGCCAAGGAAAAUUGACCGGGCUUGAUUUAGAUUUGAUGUUUACCUCCUAUUACCUUACUUGAAUAAACACGUAAUUAAAUAUUAAGCUCA